ACAGUUCGCGAAGCGAUGUGUUUGUUUCGUGUGCAUGUGGUCAACAGGCUACUUGCACCGUUGCAUCUGCUCAUACAUGCGGUUAAAUGUCACAGUUUUAACAAUUUCUGUCUCUGCAACAAUAGUCGCUGGGUCCAUCCAUUAGUUUGUAACUCCCAAGUAUUUCGACAGUGGACUCAUCGCAAAAUCCAAAAGUAAAUACAAAACCAAAGUGAAAGAGUGCUGUGUUUUCACGGGCCAUUGUUGUAUGAAGCAAAGUGUGUUAAAAUAAACAUCAAGGAAAAGCAAAUCAAAUACUUUAUUCAUUAUAGUGGGUGGAACAAAAACUGGGACGAAUGGGUUCCUGAAAGCAGAGUGCUUAAGUAUGUGGACAGUAACCUGCAGAAACAGAAAGAGCUUCAGAGGGCCAAUCAAGACCAUUAUGUGGAGGGAAGAAUGAGGGGAGCUGCACCGAAUAAGAAGAUACCUGCGGCGCCGCAGAAAAAUGACGUUAAGAACAAAAAGAACAAACAGAAGCCUCCUGGUGCUGGAGAAGGAACGAGUUCUGGAGGAGACCCGACUCAUCCUCCCAGGAAGAAGAGGGCUCGUGUCGACCCAACAGUAGAGAGCGAGGAAACCUUUGUAAAUAGAGUUGAAGUGAAGGUAAAAAUUCCAGAGGAACUGAAACCGUGGCUUGUCGAUGACUGGGACCUAAUUACACGGCAGAAGCAGUUAUUCCACCUUCCUGCUAAAAAGAAUGUGGAUUCCGUUUUGGAAGAUUAUGCAAACUACAAGAAAUCGAGAGGCACCUCAGACAGCAAGGAGUUUGCUGUGAACGAGGUCGUGGCCGGGAUCCGAGAGUAUUUCAACGUCAUGCUGGGGACGCAGCUUCUUUACAAGUUUGAAAGGCCGCAGUACGCAGACAUCCUGGCCAACCACCCAGACACAUCCAUGUCUCAGAUCUACGGGGCGCCGCACCUGCUGCGACUGUUUGUGAGAAUCGGGGCGAUGCUGGCCUACACACCGCUGGACGAGAAGAGCCUGGCGCUGCUGCUCAGUUACCUGCAGGACUUCCUCAAGUACCUGGUGAAAAACUCUGCGAUGCUCUUCAACGCCAGCGACUAUGAAGUUGCCCCUCCAGAAUAUCACCGCAAGGCAGUGUAAGAAGGCAUUUGGUUUCGACCUAACUGGACUGAUAGGGAACUUUUUUUUUUUUUUCGAGAAGAAUUGAUUUCCCCGAAUCUGGACGAGUUAUUUUGUUUUGACAUGAAAAGCUGCUGAGUCUGCUCGUUUUUGUUGUUGGUAUGUUUUUGAGUACCACGCUUCACUUCCUGGUUUGACUUCAACAGAAAUGUUCCACGUUAAUUCCAGCAUUUCACUUUGUAGUUUUCAUUUGGUUCAGAUGCUAAACUUGACUAUUUUCUAAUAAAAGUGUUCAAACUUAAA